UGGCAGCCGUAAACAACACGUGAUCGCACGUUUCUCCGCACGGAGCGCCGGUCGAUGACCACGGAAGUGUGGUCAUAGUUUAGUAUUUUCUCGGUUUAAGGCAUCUUUCGGUUCUCAUGUGAUGCGAGGACUGCGGUGUGGACAGUCGUAAGCAAACUACAAGGCAAUGACGCUCUUCUACUUGCCCGGUACGGCGAGCCUCCUCGAGGAGCUCGACAAGAAGCUUCUCGUGUUUCUCCGCGACGGACGCACCCUGAUCGGCUACUUACGGAGCAUCGACCAGUUCGCCAACUUGGUCCUGCACCAGACCAUCGAGAGGAUACACGUGGGCAAGCAGUACGGCGACAUUCCUCGGGGCAUCUUCGUCAUUCGCGGCGACAACGUCGUGCUGCUGGGCGAGAUCGACGAAGACAAGGAGAAGGACGCCGACCUCGAAGAAGUGAGCGUCGAGGACAUACUCGAGGUGCAGCGCAUCGAAGCGGACGCCAAGCAGGAGCUCGAGAAGCAGAGGGCGAAGGCAAUGAAGGACAGGGGAAUGCACUACCACCAGGAGAUUACUCACGACGAUUACUGACGACCCCUACGUGCGCGCUCGCUGGUCGCGAGUGCGUUUGUGCGUGCAUUCCUAGUGAAUUUACUGGCGUUGAAAACGUUCCGUUGCCAUGUAUGGACAAGGACACGCUUGUUUCUCAUUUUUAAUACUCACGAACGAAAGCAAGUUCGUGGUUAAACAAGGCGCGAUUGUUUCGUUUAUGUGAAUAAAGAUUUCAUUCAGUCA